UGCUGUGAUUGGUCGAGAAGGCGCCUUUUUAUAUGUAGGUCAAAGGUAUUGGUCAAGUAUUUCUGCGGCGUCUACGCAACUGUCACAACAAUGCUGUUCAGUAAGGUACUCAGAGCCAGUGUGCGGUCAGGGAUCCGGUUGCAGAGUUCCAGUGCUGCAGCCAACGCCAAAUUGUCAUCCAGUGACCACUCAGCAUCUCUCGGCUACUCGUUUGAGCUGUCAGAUCAGCAGCGAGAGUUCCAACAGCUGGCGAGGAAGUUUGCACGUGAAGAGAUUGUCCCUGUUGCAGCAGAAUAUGAUAAAAGUGGUGAAUAUCCUGUCCCCAUCAUCAAGAAAGCAUGGGAGCUUGGUCUGUUAAACGGUCACAUUACAGAAGAGUAUGGUGGAAUGGGCUUGUCGAUCUUCGACACUUGCCUCAUCACAGAAGAGUUGGCUUAUGGCUGCACAGGAGUACAGACUGCUAUUGAGGCAAACUCUCUAGGACAAAUGCCUGUCAUUCUUGCUGGCAAUGAGGCACAAAAGAAGAAAUACCUGGGAAGGAUGACUGAGGAGCCUCUUAUGUGUGCCUACUGCGUCACAGAGCCGGGGGCGGGCUCUGACGUUGCGGGACUCAAGACCAAAGCUGUGAAGAUGGGUGAUGAGUAUGUUGUUAAUGGGCAGAAGAUGUGGAUCACUAACGGUGGUAAAGCUAACUGGUACUUCCUCUUGGCCCGCACCAAUACAGAUCCUAAAUGUCCAGCAGGCAAAGCUUUUACUGGCUUCAUUGUGGACGCUGACACUCCAGGAAUUCAAGUAGGAAGGAAGGAGAUGAACAUGGGCCAGAGGUGUUCUGACACUAGAGGCAUCACUUUUGAGGAUGUGAGGAUACCGAAGGAGAACGUCCUGAUCACAGAGGGAGCCGGCUUCAAAAUUGCCAUGGGUGCCUUCGACAAGACCAGGCCACCAGUUGCAGCGGGAGCAACUGGCUUGGCACAGAGGGCACUUGAUGAAGCUACCAAUUACGCACUGGAGAGGAAGACGUUUGGCAGAGUUAUUGCUGAGCACCAGGCCGUGUCCUUCCUCCUGGCUGAGAUGGCGAUGAAGGUGGAGCUGGCCAGGUUGGGAUACCAGCGGGCCGCCUGGGAAGUGGACCAGGGCCGCAGAAACACCUACUUUGCCUCCAUUGCCAAGGCGUACGCCGGAGACAUCGCCAACCAGGUGGCCUCUGACGCUGUUCAGGUAUUUGGAGGCAACGGCUUCAACAGCGAAUACCCAGUAGAGAAGCUGAUGAGAGAUGCCAAGAUCUACCAGAUCUAUGAGGGCACAGCUCAAAUCCAGAGACUCAUAGUUGCCCGUGAACACCUGGGAAAAUUCAAAAAAUGAACCCUACAAACCUGAGAAGAUCUUGUCCUUAUUCUAAUGUACUUUGUAAUAACUUUUCUAUAUAUAGAUACACGGUUUCUGGAAAAAGGAUCUGUCACUUAAACUCAGGAUACAGUUGCAAAAUAUUGUUUGCCUUAUCAUCAUUUCAUCCUGCCUUGCUUAUUCAGACUCAUCCAGACCCUGAAUUUAUAGUUAUUAUAUUUAUGAAGUUAUACAGAGAACGUGUGACUUAUUCCAGAUGCAGCUUUGUCCAGCAGCCUUAUUUUCCCAGAAUUCAGGGAACUUUUGCCACCUUCGUAAUGCCAGAAUCCAUACAGUUAGCAUAUUUCUAAUCAACUUGAUUAAGUCAGCUAAUAUUAUGAUGUAUUUGCAUUCAGGUGAUCAUGAGUCAUUGGUAAAUACAUUAUUAGACCAGUGAAAAAGACUCUUCAAGGUGUAAACAAUGCAAGACAGACAUUAAGUAAACUAUUGUUUGCAGGAUAUGUUUUUACUUUAAAGUGUAUUUACAUAUUUGAACUGGUUUACUUCUUGCCACUCGUCCAUUUGUCAGAAUGUCAUCAAAUGAUUCCCAGUAAAUCCCUCUUAACACUUUGUUGGCUGCUUGAGAAGAAUUUACUAAUGAUGAACGUGGAAAUGAUGAACUUGUGACAUAAGAAUGUGUGAUUAAUGAUUUAUCAAGCAGUUGUAAAAAAUGCAUGACUUCAGAAAAUGUUUUUUCUGCCUGCUUUAGCACUAUGAUCAAUAAAAUUCCUGAACAAUUA